AGAUAGGAGCUGACCUUCGUUCCUCCACAGUGGAGGCUGUCCCGGUGUCUAGCUCAAAGUCCAGGUCUGGGUGCCGGUUGACGUGACAGAGUGAGUUGUCUCGUUCCCUCUCUCUCUGUGUUUGUGCUUCUCUCAUUCCUCCAGCUGAACUCUGUGGAUCAUCAACGCUGUGUCCCUAGCUGUCCCUUCGCUUCUCUGAACCUCAAUAUGAUACACUGGGCCUCCCUUGCUCUCCUUCUGGUUUUGAGCCUCUCCAUCCAGGGGACCCUCUCCCAGGACGCUGAGGAACCUGCACCAGUGGACCCAAGCCAGGCCCCUGUCGACCCCUCCCAGGCAGAGGAUGAGGACGAGUGGGGACUGAACUCCGUUAGGGGAGGCUUUGAAGCCGUCAAUGGAUACUUUGACUCCAUGCUGGAGCUUAUGGGCGGACGUGAUGGAGUGUGCCAGUACCGCUGUCGAUAUGGUAAAGCUGCUCUUCCUCGCCCUGACUACCAGAUGCAGGAGCCCAACGGAUGCAGCUCCUACUUCCUAGGCCUUCCGGUACCCAAUAGUGUUGAUCUGGGUAUCCCUGCCAUGACUAAGUGUUGCAACCAGCUGGAUAUGUGUUACGACACCUGCGGCUCCAACAAGUACCGCUGCGACUCCAAGUUCCGCUGGUGUCUCCACAGCAUCUGCUCUGACCUCAAGAAGAGCCUGGGCUUCAUGUCAAAGGUCGAAGCCUGUGAGACGGUAGCUGACACCCUGUUCAACACAGUCUGGACUCUGGGCUGCAGGCCCUACAUGAAUAGCCAGAGGGAAGCCUGCCUCUGUGAAGGAGAGGAGAGGGAUGAGCUUUAAAUUAGGGUUAUAGACAUACACACACACACACACUCGCAUAUAUAUGCACACAACACACGCACAGCUAUCCUAUUCACCAAGUUAUAUGGGAUACGUCACUCCAAAUGACUGCUGGAGAUGCGACUUGGCUAUUUGUGUAAUUUAUUUGGUGUGUUUUACUUGGUUUUGUUUAACAGAACAAGUGCUGUAUAUUUGCAAUAAUUGUUGGGUUUAUUUUUUAAAUCUGCAAAAAAACAUGUACUACAAUACAA